CUCCCUCAACCUCCUUUCCUACUUCCUCCAGCAUCUUUUCAAGGUCUAUUCCACUCUAGAAACAAGAACACCAUGGCGCCUCGCAAGGAGAAGACCGAGAAGGUCUCUGGGGAUGCUGCUGCCGACACCAUCCUGACCUAUCUCCGCAAACAGAACCGCCCGUAUUCGGCUACCGACGUUUCGGCCAAUCUACACAACAAAGUGACGAAAGCCGCUGCGGCCAAGAUCCUCAAAGACCUGCACGAGAAGAAGGAGAUUGAAGGACGGGCUUCCGGAAAACAGAUUGUCUACCACUGCGUCCAGUCCGUCGAUGAUGCUGUCACCCCCGAGCACCUCGCCGAAAUCGACAACACCAUCUCUACUCUCCGCGCCGAAACCACCACCGCGACCGCUUCCGCGAAGACCCUUCGUGCGUCGCUGGCGAGUCUGAACACUACCCUCUCGACCUCGGACCUGCGUUCUUCGAUUGCUAAGCUCGAAGCGGAGAGAGAGGACUAUGAGACACGGCUUGGCGCGCUGAGGGGUGGGCAGAUCAGGCCUGUGAAGAAGGAGGAAAAAGAGAAGGCGGACAGUGAGUGGAAGGUGUGGAAGGGGAUUGCUGGGCGCAGGACCAACAUUGUGAAGGAGAUGUGGAAGACAGUUGAGGAGGUGGGGCAGGGGAUGAGUGCAGAGGAGAAAGCCGAGCUGAGGGAGAGACUGGGACUGGAUGAGUAGGCGAUGGGGAGAUGAUGGGCAAGGGCGAGAAGUCUGCGUAGAGCUGGCGUGAGUAAGAUUUAUUCGGUGUCUGAGACGGGCUCACAGUCCCG